GCCCGAACUUAAGAUGGCGGCGGGGCGGAGUCGGCAGCCGAGGCACACGUCGUCCCAGGGCGGUGCCAGGCCCGGGGCUGGGGAUGUCGGCACCCCAGCUCGGCCUGCCGGCUCGGUCCCCGGGUGUCCGCCGUCCGGCUAGGUCUCUCCUUUCAGCCUGCGUCUCGGAGGCGUCAUGAAGUCGCCGGUUCGGGGCCCGACGCUGAGCGACGGCGAGGAGGGCUCAGACAGCACGCCCCUCCUGAAGGGCGCCCCGCGGGCUAAAGCCGCUCCAGUGUGCUGCUCCGCUCGUUACAACUUAGCAAUUUUGGCCUUUUUUGGUUUUUUCGUCCUCUAUGCAUUACGUGUGGAUCUCAGUGUUGCAUUAGUGGAUAUGGUAGAUUCAAAUACAACUUUAAUGAACAAUAGAACUUCCGAAGAGUGUCCAGAACAUUCUGCUCCUGUAAAAGUUCUCCAUAAUCAGACAGGUAGAAGGUACCAGUGGGAUGCAGAAACUCAAGGCUGGAUUCUUGGCUCAUUUUUUUAUGGCUACAUCAUCACGCAGAUCCCUGGAGGAUAUCUUGCCAGCAAAGUAGGGGGGAAACUGCUGCUAGGAUUUGGAAUCCUUAGCACCUCUGUCUUCACUCUGUUCACUCCCAUUGCUGCAGAUUUCGGAUUUGGAGCUCUCAUUGCACUCAGAAUACUAGAAGGACUAGGAGAGGGUGUUACAUUUCCUGCCAUGCAUGCCAUGUGGUCUUCUUGGGCUCCUCCUCUUGAAAGAAGCAAGCUUCUUAGUAUUUCAUAUGCAGGAGCACAACUUGGAACAGUAAUUUCUCUUCCUCUUUCUGGAGUAAUUUGCCUUUAUAUGGACUGGACUUAUGUCUUCUACUUUUUUGGUAUCAUUGGAAUCAUUUGGUUUAUUUUAUGGUUCUGCUUAGUUAGUGAUGCACCAGAAACUCACAAGACAAUCUCUCAGUCUGAAAAGGAAUAUAUUCUAUCAUCAUUAAGAAACCAGCUGUCUUCACAAAAGUCAGUGCCAUGGAUACCCAUGCUAAAAUCAUUACCACUUUGGGCUAUUGUGGUUGCACAUUUUUCUUACAACUGGACUUUUUAUACUUUAUUGACAUUGCUGCCUACAUAUAUGAAGGAAAUUUUAAGGUUCAAUGUUCAAGAGAACGGAUUUUUAUCUGCACUGCCUUAUUUCGGUUGUUGGUUGUGUAUGAUCCUAUCUGGUCAAGUUGCUGACACUUUAAGGGCAAAGUGGAACUUUUCAACUAUAACUGUUCGAAGAAUUUUUAGCCUUAUAGGGAUGAUUGGACCUGCGGUAUUUCUAGUAGCCGCUGGAUAUAUAGGUUGUAACUAUUCUUUGGCUGUUGUAUUCCUAACCAUAUCAACGACAUUGGGAGGCUUUUGCUCUUCUGGAUUUAGCAUCAACCAUCUGGAUAUUGCUCCUUCGUAUGCUGGCAUCCUCCUGGGCAUCACAAACACAUUUGCCACUAUUCCGGGAAUGAUUGGGCCUGUCAUUGCUAAAAGUUUAACAUCUGAUAACACUAUUGGAGAAUGGCAAACUGUUUUCUGUAUUGCUGCUGCUAUUAAUGUAUUUGGUGCCAUAGUCUUCACGUUAUUUGCCAAAGGAGAAGUGCAAAGCUGGGCUCUUAGUGAUCACCAUGGACACAGAAACUAAAGGAAUGAAUAAAUAAUCCUGUCUAUAUUAAUGUAUUUUUGUUUAUCAUGUAACCUGAAAGUGCCUUUGAUAUUUAAUGUGUAAACAUUCUAUAUACAAAAAAAAAUUGUACUUGGAUUCAAUUUUUAAGGUUUAUAAUCAUGAAAUGUCACUACUUCCCAGAUUGGUAGAAUUAGCUACUUUUAAUUAUUAAUAAAGCACAUAUGCUGGAACAUAUACUUUAGGGUCACCUGCCUGGUUGCAAGUCAGGAAAUCUGAAGUAGAGGGUUUCUGUUUACUCUGAAUAGCCAUACUGACAGGAAUGAGCUGAGAUGGACCCUUCUAUAACUUUGCUUAAUUAACUAAACCAGAUAAUUCUCAGGUCUUAGUAAAUACUUGUUUUUGUCCACUUUGCUUGCAAUCCCUGACAGGUCUCAAACUUUAGCAUCUCCACAGAGCUGCCAGCCACUGUCUAAUUUGGCCUGGCAACCUCAAGGAGGGAAGCGUGCCCAGGCAGCUGCCAAACAUUCCUUCCCUGGCUUCAGGGCCAGUGCCCAGCCUUUACCAGAGGCAGCAUCCAAGACUGGCCAGUGCCAAGGCUCUGGAUAGUGUUCUUCCCCUGGGAGCUGUUAAUGU